CCCCCGCGGCAGGAGGAAGCGCGGGGUGCCCCUCCCGGCCGGCGCUGCGUGGGGCCACGCGCGGCAGCUGAUGGCCGCGGGCGGGCCGGGGCGCCGCGAGGAGAUGGCGCCGCCGUCGCCCUACGUGCACAGCAUGCCGGCCUGGGUGCUGGAGGACUUCUGCCAGAAGAUGGACUGCCUCAGCGACAGCGACUGGAUGCGCUUCGCUUCCUACGUGAUCACUGACCAGACCGAGCUGCGGAAGAUCAAAUCCAUGGAGAAGACGGGGAUCAGUAUCACCCGCGAGCUGAUGUGGUGGUGGGGUGUGAGGCUGGCGACCGUGCGGCAGCUGCUGGACCUGCUGCAGGCACUGCAGCUCUACCGGGCGGCUCAGGUCAUCCUGGACUGGAUAUCACCCUCCAGCAUUACCACCUCUGAAAAAGAAGAGCUGAUAGAGCCACCUAAACAGGAGAACGUAUCUUUAACUCCCACAGAAAACAAACACAAAGAGAGAGAAAAUGAGAUAAGUCUGCUGCCAUCGCCAGAGCCUUCACAACCAGGAAUAUCACCAGCAUGUAAUGCUGUUUCUGAAGGAACCUUGUAUUCACUUCCUUCUCCACCACCUCCCCCAAGAGACCUUUUGAAAUCCUUACAGUCAAAUCCUUCUGUUUCAUCAAGUGUGAAGCCCUGCAGCUCUUCUACUCCUCAGCAGGAGACGAUGACUGAUCUCCCCAGUGGGAGCCUUUUGUGGACCCAGAAAGAAGUUACUAAUGCCACAGAUGGCUUCAGUGACAAGAGCAGAAUUUGUGAAGGCACUUUUGCAGAUGUCUACAAAGGUCAGAGGCACAACAUGGUGUAUGUCAUCAAAAGACUGAAAGAGACCGAAUGCACGAGCCCAGAUUCCACCCAAAGAUUUUUUCAUACAGAAGUACAGAUUUGCUUUCGGUGUUGUCAUGUCAACAUUUUGCAGCUGCUUGGUUUCACAGUAGAAUCUGAGUUGCACUGUCUGAUAUAUCCAUACCUGCCUAAUGGAUCACUACAGAACAAACUUCAGCAUCAAGAUGAUUCUGCUCCACUGGCAUGGGAGACACGAAUUAGCAUUUCUGUGGGACUCGUCCGAGCUGUGGAGUAUUUACACAAUUUUGGAAUUCUUCAUGGGAAUAUCAAGAGCUCAAAUGUCUUGUUGGAUGAAAACUUUACGCCAAAGCUUGGGCAUUCAGGUCUGCGACUGUACUCUGCUGAUAAAAAGUCUGAAUGUACUGUGAUGAAAACCACAGUCCUGCAAGCUUCUCUUACUUAUCUGCCAGAAGAUUUUGUCAGGCAUGGGCAGUUAACAGAAAAAGUUGACGUAUUUGGCUGUGGUGUGGUCUUAGCAGAGAUACUGACGGGAAUUAAGGCACUGGAUGAAGGAAGGAGCCCUAUUUAUCUGAAAGACACGAUUGCUGAUGAAAUCCAAAUAGCAAAAGAAAACUCACACUCCAAAGUCAAGAAUUUGGAAAAGCUAGCUGCCAAGGAAAUAUGCUGUAAAUACCUGGACAAGAAAGCAGGACAUUUGCUGGAAGAGGUUGCUAUUGAUUUUGCCUCAGCCAUCUGCCUUUGUUUGAGAAAAAAGAAUUCUAACAUAGCAGAGGUGCUUGAAAUUAUGGAAACAGCUGAAAAUAAAUUGAGAGAGCAUUACAUCUGUGGAGGCAGCACUUCUGGGUUUUCCAUGAAUACUCCAGAAGAAACUGAUGAUGAGACAACCAACCUCAGCAUGGAUGCCCCUUCUGCAGGGCAGAAUAAAGAGGACAGCACGCAGCCAGUACUCCUGGCCAGUGGUGGUCAGUGCACACCUUCAGUAGGAGCCGUGCCACCUAACGCUCACUGUUUGCAGAUGUCACGGGUCCCUUGUGAAUCAGAUGAAUCAAUGAGUUUCAUCUGGAACCCUGAAGAGAAAUCUACAGAUGAUCUAUUCAGCAACAACUGUAACAACUCAGAAAGUAUUGCGAGCUCUGACUGCAGGGUAAAGGAGAAAACAAAAGCAAACGGACUCCGGGAAAGAAAUGUAGUAUGCAUCAGAAGUGUUGACAACUUGGAAAUGGCUGCUACUGCACAAAGCACAUUUCAGUCAAAAAAUGCAGACCUUGACUCUGCAUGUUCAUCCCAAGUGUUAGCCAGAGAGGCAUCCUGGAAAAUAAAAAUAAAUGACCAAAAAAAGAAGCUAAUGGAAAAUAUUUUGCUGUAUGAAGAAGACAAAUUAAGCAGUUCUGAACUUUUUGAUUCUUAAACCAGAUGGAUUUAUUAGCUGUGACCAACUUAUAAGAAAAAAUAAGGACUGAUUCUUCAUCAGAAAGAUGGUAAAAGUAUACUUCUCCUUGAAGUCUGAGUAGCGGGUUUGGAUCAGAAGCAUUAUCCUUCUCUGAAGAAAAGUGAUGGCACUGAGAAGAAACAGAAAAUAUCUUUCCUAAAAGAAGCUGAAGCUCAGCGCAGCUCUGCCAACAGAAAUGCCUUCUUUCUUCUCAUCUGCAUUAUAAAAAGAUUUAAGGUCCUUUUCUUGUGUAUUUCAAAAAGUAUCUGCAGAUAAUUGGUGUCUUAUUAAAAUACCACAGUCCUAGAAGUUACAGAGCAACCACUGAUCCACAGGUGGUUAGCAAUGCCCUUUAUUACAGAAUCACAGAACUGUAGGGGUUGGAAGGGACCUCCAGAGAUCAUCGAGUCCAACCCCCCUGCCAAAGCA